ACAUCGUCUAUUACAGAAUCAGCAACAAUAAGCACCACUACCGAAGUAAUGAUGACCACAGCUCCAACUACCACUUCUGCCCCAUCGACAAUGAUUGCAAGUACAAUCCUCAGUAAUUCUACAAUUCAUCAAACACCAACUGUAACUGAAGGUGACAGUACUCCUCUACCCACAAAUACAUCUCCAUCUUCAACUACUGAGGAACUAACAACAACUCCAAGUCCAAGCAGCACUCCUGAACCACUUAUGAGUACAGGAUCAACCACUAAUAUUCCACCCACUGGCACAACCACUACUGAAGCAACAACUUCAGCCCCAAUUACCAGCUUCAGCAGUUCUCCAACUGUACCACUAACAUCAUCUAUGACAGAAACAGCCACAGGAAGUACCACUACCGAAGUAAUGAUGACCACAGCUGCAACUACCACUUCUGCCCCAUCCACAAUGACUACGAGUACAAUCCUUAAUACUUUUACAAUUCACCAAACACCAACUAUAACUGAAAGUGCCACUACUCCCCUACCCACAACUACAUCUCCAUCUUCAACUACUGAGGAACUAACGACAACUCCAAGUCCAAGCAGCACUCCUGAACCACUUAUAAGUACAGGACCAACCACUAAUAUUCCACCCACUGGUAGAAGCACUACUCAAGCAACAACUUCAGCCCAAAUUACCAGCUUCAGCAGUUCUCCAACUGUACCUCUAACAUCAUCUAUGACAGAAACAGCUACAGCAAGCACCAGUACCGAAGUAAUGAUGACCACAGCUCCAACUACCACUUCUGCCCCAUCCCCAAUGAUUACAAGUACAAUCCUCAGUACUUCUACAAUUCACCAAACACCAACUAUAACUGAAAGUGCCACUACUCCCCUACCCACAACUACAUCUCCAUCUUCAACUACUGAGGAACUAACGACAACUCCAAGUCCAAGCAGCACUCCUAAACCACUAAUGAGUACAGGAUCAACAACUAAUAUUCCACCCACAGGCACAACCACAAAUGAAGCAACAACUUCAGCCCCAAUUACCAGCUUCAGCAGUUCUCCAACGGUACCUCUAACGUCAUCUAUGACAGAAUCAGCUACAGCAAGCACCACUACCGAAGUAAUGAAAACCACAGCUCUAACUACCACUUCUGCCCCAUCCCCAAUGAUUACAAGUACAAUCCUCAGUACUUCUGCAAUUCACGAAACACCAACUAUAACUGAAAGUGCCACUACUCCCCUACCCACAACUACAUCUCCAUCUUCAACUACUGAGGAACUAACGACAACUCCAAGUCCAAGCAGCACUCCUAAACCACUAAUGAGUACAGGAUCAACAACUAAUAUUCCACCCUCAGGUACAACCACUACACAAGCAACAACUUCAGCUCCAGUCACCACUUUCAGCAGUUCUCCAUCUUUACCUCUAACGUCGUCUAUUACAGAACCAGUAAGAGAAAGCACCACUACCGAAGCAAUGAUGACCAAAGCUCCAACUACCACUUCUGCCCCAUCCACAAUGACUACGAGUACAAUCCUUAAUACUUCUACAAUUCACCAAACACAAAGUAUAACUGAAAGUGCCACUACUCCCCUACCCACAACUACAUCUCAAUCUUCAACUACUGAAGAACUAACGACAACUCCAAGUCCAAGCAGUACUCCUAAACCACUAAUGAGUACAGGAUCAACCACUAAUAUUCCACCCACAGGCACAACCACUACUCAAGCAACAACUUCAGCCCCAGUUACCAGUUUCAGCAGUUCUCCAACUGUACCUCUAACGUCAUCUAUUACAGAAUCAGCAACAUGCUUCUACAAUUCACCAAACAGCAACUCGAGCUCAAAGUACGACUACUACUCUACCCACAACUACAUCUUUGUCUUCCACUACUAUGCAAGCAAUAACAAGCUCAGCUCCUACCACUACGCACCCAACACAUACAGUUCCAAUAUCCAGUACAACCACUACUCAACCAGGAACUUCAGCUCAAAUUACCAGUAUGAGCAGUUCUGCAACUUCAAGUCUAACAUCCUCUACACCAGAAUCUGCAAGAGAAAGCACCCCUACCAAGCUAAUAAUGACUCCAGGUCCCACUACCACUUCUGCCAUUUCCACAACAAUGAGAACCAUUACAAGCACAGCUCCUACUACAGCCCGCUCAACACAUACAGUUCCAACAACCAGUACCCUACUAACAGAAACAAGGAGAAUUCCUGA